UUGAGGUCAUUGCUUGAAUCACCUACUCAAUGUUCAGGAGACUGAAUCCCCACGGCCGGAUACCCCAGCCACUCCGCCGCAAUGAACUUCGUCUACCAAGACAGUGGAAUAAACUUUUUUCUGAAAAGAUAACUCAGUCUCCCACGAGUCAUUGGUUAUUUGAUAUUCCUUCAGAAUUCAAUUCACGAAGCGAACUUGGAUUGCCUCUUCCGCAUACAGCUGUCCUUUCAAAAGAUACAAUUGAUUGGGACGCUAUAGACAAAAUCUUCAUUCAACGCCCGGGAUUAGCUAAAAUUGUUAUUGGACAAGGUGAUUGUGGAUUCAGUAAGGUUGUUUUACUUGCUCGUCUGGACGCGUCCAUAUUGAGUAAAGCACACUGUACCUUUGAGUAUGGAAUCCGGAGUUAUUUUGCAGCGGAUGGUCAUAGAACCCUGUCUAAAUGCAGCCUGACUUUCCAACUUCCUGGUGAAGCUCCUUUGAAAUUCGUUGCGUUAUCUACCAAAAAGCGGUUAGCCAGAGGAGCUGCACUUUUGCAACUUUUCUCCAUUCUUGAAGAAAAGCAACUAUUGGAUGACUUGUUGCUCCUCAUCUCACCAAAAUGGGUUGCCAAAACAGAACAGGAGAAACCCGGUCACAAUGUUCAAUCCAAAGAUACUCAGCCAGCAGUGCCAAUCGCAGCAACAGAGACAAAAUCAAUUCCGGAUUCUCCGCUAACACCCAAAGAAGAACCACCAGGAGAACCGAAAUCAAAGUCGGCAAAAAAGCCGAAGGAGCUCAGACCGAAUCAUCUUGUCACGCGUGAAGUGUUUAAUUAUGCAGCAAAAUAUCUACAUGUCCCGGAAUACACUGUCACUUCCCAGAAAGUUUCUAAAAAAGAACACCCGAGUAACCCCGUUACAUCAAAAAAGCCUAAACCUCCAAAAAAAAGUUUUACUGUCACUAUAUCUUUGCCUGAACAUAGUAUUCAUGCAACAGCAACCAGUUUAGAUCUCCCACUCACCGAGGCUAUGGCAUGUACAGAGUUCAAAGUGCAAGCUGAGAAGUACCAUAUUGCAAAUAGCAUACCUUCAGAUUCAUCAGAAGGAGCAAUCGUUUUAACCACUGCAAACGUGAGAAAUUUUAUGGAUUUCUAUAAUGACUACAAUGACAAAUUAGUCAUUCAGUUGGAACGCAAGGUCAACACUUUCAAAAGUCAAGCCUUUACCAGGGAUCCUAACACUGCUGCUCUUGAAACACUUGGUCCGGCUAUUGAGAGAAGCAGUUCUCGUGACCUUGAAACGUUGACUCUACUAGUUGCUGCAGUCACACUAGUCAAGCAAAGGCCUCAACUAAUCUUGGAUUAUUCGAAAAAGCUGGAUGUAAGAACUGGAAAGUACGUGGGCAAAGCUCUUCCUAUGAAGCUUGAACUACACCAGACUAGUCUGGAUUUAAUGCAACGCACGGUAGAUACCACCACAAAGCUAAAAUUAUCAGCACUACCUACUGGUGAAUGUAAGGACCAUGAUGUCUCUCCCUUGGCGGAUUAUGACAAAAUUCGCUUUGAGUAUUCUUAUGACUGGAAAGUUAAACAACGUUCUAGCGAUUUAUUCAAGUGGUUUUCUCAACGUCCGCACAAACAGAAAUACUCAAAAUUACUACCUUUAAACCGGAAUUCGUCUGAAGUAUUGAAUCAUAUUGAAAACAAUCAAUUUUCUAUUUUAAUCGGGAAAACUGGGAGUGGAAAGACGACUCAGUUGUCUCAAAUCAUUCUGGAUGAAUACAUUCGUACAAAACGUGGUGGAGAGUGCAGAGUCAUUUGUACGCAACCGCGAAGGAUAGCCGCAAAAUCAGUGGCAGAACGUGUUGCUGAAGAACGUGGUCAAAUGCUUGGUGAUCAAGUCGGUUAUAAGAUAGGUUUUGAUACUGAACUUUCCAAUCCUCGCGGAAGCAUCACGUAUUGUACCACAGGAACCAUCUUACAACAAUUAAUACACCAUCCUGAUGCUAUACUUCACGAAACAUCACAUCUCAUUAUUGAUGAAGUACAUGAGAGAGAUCUGGAUAUCGACUUUCUCUUAACAAUGAUUAAAAAGCUUGUGAAAGAGAGAAUUGAAGCUGGAAAGCCUACGCCAAAAGUGUGCUUGAUGAGUGCCACCGCCGACGCCGAGAUGCUUCAGGAAUAUUUCGCUUUCAAAACUGAAACCCGGGAGAUUUCCUGUCCAGUUCUGCAUGUGGAGGGUCGAGCUUUCCCUGUCGAAAAAUAUUUUCUCGAAAAUAUAAUGGAUACUUUCAGAAAAACAUAUCCAGCAAAUCAUACUAUCUGGGAAAUCCUUGAUUCUAACAAGAAUAAAGCUUAUUUAAAAAGUGAAGAACGAGUUAAGAAGACAGAUUUGGUUAUGGACGUUAAGAAUGAACAGCCUAAAUCGGUUAUCAAAUGGGACAGCCAUGACGAUGAUCCCGAUAGUCUACAGAAGCAGAUAGCAAUGGGACACUUUGGAGGGACAAGCAUACGAAGCAUCAAUACCAUUGAAAAAAAUCUCAAGACGCAAGAUAUUUUUAGUGUAAACUUCAAUGACGAAAAUAAGUUCAAGAUCUUAAAAUUACACUCCUCUACUGCAGAUAAACAUCAGGAGGUCUUCGAGCCAGUCUCUCCAGGUUGUCGAAAGAUCAUUUUAGCCACAAAUGUUGCUGAAACCUCAAUCACUAUCGACGAUGUUCAAUAUGUUGUAGAUACUGGAAAACACAAGGAAGACAAUUUUCAUCAAAUGUUACGAAUUUGGUCAUUGUCUUGUAAAUGGGUUAGCAAGUCAAGUGUCAAGCAGAGAUCAGGUCGAGCAGGCCGUGUUCAAAACGGCAGUUAUUAUGGUCUCUUUUCAAAACGUCGCUAUGAUUCCCUUAGAAUGACUCCCCGCCCGGGAAUGAGUCGCGUCGAUUUGCAAAGCACCUGUCUCGCAGUCAAAAUCCUGGGUUACAAUGAACCUAUUCAGGAUUUCUUGGCGAGCGCUCCAGAGCCUCCAUCACCGAAAGCAAUACAGUCAAGUAUUGAGGUUCUUCAAACACUUGGAGCACUCACCUUCACGGAAAAAAUUACUCCUUUGGGCCGAAUAAUUGGAAUGCUCCCGCUGAGGCCCACACUGGGCAAAAUGGUAAUUCUCGGAAUCAUUUUUCGUUGUCUAGAUUCUAUGAUAAUUUUAGCAGCCUUCGAUAACAUAAUACUGCAUGUGCGUCCACUGGAUAUGGAAGAAGAAUCUGAUGCGGCAAUGAGAGGAUUUGCAAGGACAUCCAAAAGCGAUCAUGUCGCCAUGCUCAAUGCUUUCCGUGCGCUUCGCGAUUUGGAAGAAGCUGAUGGUCGCGAAGUCAUGACGUCGUUUGCGUACCAGAAAUUUCUUAGUGUGGCAAAUUAUGACACAGUGAAGCGAAACAUUGGUUUAAUCCAACAAGCGCUUCGAAGAAAUGGUUUGGUGCCAACCAAGAGACGCAAGGCGUGGCCGGACUUGGUGAAAAAUCAGGAUGAAUUAAUCAGAGCACUUCUUGUACAGGGCUUGCAUCCACACGUCGGUACAUGGAAUAAUCACGAAACCAAAUAUCAAAUUGUCGCCAACGAAAAAGUACUCAUUGACAUACACCCUUCUUCUAUCAAUCAUCCUAGGAAGCGACCUAGCUUGAAAGUUGAAGGAAUUACAUCGUCAUCAAAAGGCAAUGCCCAGUUGUUGUCUUUUGAUAAGCUUACUCUCCUAAGCAAUAAAAACCUUGUUAUGCAACGUACAACUGCUGUAACACCUUUUAUGGUAUCUUUGUUUGGUGGGACGCUGAAUCGAAGUGCAGAUAAUGCAGAUCAAGUCGAGGUAGAUAAGUGGCUUCUAUUCGAUGUGCGGAGCACAGACAAGCUGAGAUGCGCAGAGGGCGUUGCGGGACAGACCCUCAUGCGUUUCAACAAGGCAUUGCGACAGCUAGAGAAUAUUUCUUUUGACGAUUUGGCCAACGGUGAAUACGUUGUAGACAACGACUUGUCAAAUAAUUUCGCAAAAGCUUUGAAGGGAAUGUUAAUUACGGAACAGGAUAUCGAUAGACUUGCGGAAGAGAACGAACUCGACCUUGCUAUAAACCUACGCAAGUUUUGGAAUCGAUCCGAAUCGCCACUUGAGAAGAUGCCACCAAAAGAACCCAAGGAGAUCGUACCAAAGUUUUCACUACUCGAAGAAACACAAUAUGAUGAAGAUUCUCACGGGUCUUUUUUUGGAUUAGUAGAAAGUGCUUUGGAAGGACCCGAAGUAGCAUCUUCCUCCUCACAAGUCCAGUCACAGCGCUCCACGAAAAAUGUGGUCACCAAAGAAAGUAAUGGAGUUGAAUCAGAGAAUUCCGAAAAUUCUAUUCCUUCGAAGUACAUGCCUGGAUCCAAACUUCUGAACCAACGUCGAAAUACUGGAAAUGCGCCUCCGAAAGACCGGCUCGGUAGCCCGAAGCCCCCUCCUAAGAAGAAACCUAAAGAAAAAACGAUCGAUCGCUUAUUGCACAACAUAUUUAAAGGAUUGUGA